AAAGCGAAGAAAAAAUAAAUUAUUAGCAUCUUCAUCGCGGUCGUCGCGAAACGAAAUUAGAGUUUUUUCCGUUUUAAAUAGCGUCGUGAUUGCCAAUAAAAUAGUGAAUCCCAGCUUGGCGUAAAGUGCAUCCCGUGGUGUGUGAAUGCAUUCGCGUACGCGAAUUGCAGUGAAUCGAAAGGGAGAAGAAUCAAUAUGAGUGCUACUUCGUCGCGAGUGAAAUCCCGGAAGGUCCGUUCCGAGCUGAGUGUUUGUUUUGUGAUAGCCUGCUCGGUAGCGGUUCUACUGGGGCACAGUGGCUGCAAUGGCGAAUCUACCGACAUUGAGUUGGACGCCAAGGCCAACAAAUUACACCAGAUCGACAGUCUGAACCUGCUGCUCUAUACGUUUCUCCUGACCCUGACGGUUCUGACGAUUUGGCUGUUCAAGCAUCGACGGGUGUCCUGGUUACAUGAAACCGGACUGGCUGUCAUCUACGGUCUCAUUGUUGGAGCCAUCAUUCGCUAUGCCGGCACAAAGACUCCCAUCACCCACAUGGUGGCCGAGCCCGAACCGGAAGCCAAAUUCAACCAGAGCCUCCCACCGGACAGCCUGUGGUUGGUAUUCCCGGGCAAACUGCCGAAGGAGGGGACCACUCCCAUACGUGCCAACAAGACCUACUCCUACAGCUUCCGGGGGGAGGUUGCCAAGCUAGAGGAGAACGAAAUAGAUCUAAAGGCAACCUUUGAUCCGGAGAUCUUCUUUAAUAUCAUUUUACCACCGAUCAUUUUCCACGCGGGAUACAGUUUGAAGAGGAAAUACUUUUUCCGCAAUCUGGGAGCCAUUUUAACCUUUGCCAUAAUCGGUACGACCCUGUCGGCUUUCCUAAUCGGGGCAUUGAUGUACGGGUUUGUGCAAAUGAUGCCAAAGCUGAGUGAAAGUUUCACCUUUCUGGAUACGCUCUAUUUUGGGGCGCUGAUCUCACCGACUGAUCCAUUGACAAUAUUAGCGAUAUUUAGCGACAUUCACGUCGACGUAAAUCUAUACGCUUUGGUGUUCGGCGAGAGUGUGCUGAACGACGCGGUUUCGCUUGUGCUGAGCGGUGCUAUACAAAACUAUGGAGAACACUACUCAAGCACCGGUGGCUUCGAGGGUCACGCCUUCCUACGGUCGCUGGGCGAUUUCUUCAGUGUGUUUUUCUUCUCGCUACUGAUCGGUGCAUCUAUGGGCUGCAUAACGGCACUGAUGACCAAGUUUACCCACAUCCGGGACUUCCCUCUCCUGGAGUCGGCUUUGUUCGUACUGAUGUCGUACAGUACCUUUCUGAUAGCGGAGGCUGCGGAGUUAACUGGUGUCGUCGCUGUGCUAUUUUGCGGCAUUUGUCAAGCUCACUACACGUACAACAAUCUAUCAGACGACUCGCGAUCCCGAACGAAACAGAUAUUUGAACUGCUAAACUUCCUGGCAGAGAACUUCAUUUUCUCGUACAUUGGAGUGUCGAUGUUUACCUUCCCGAAGCAUCGAUUCGAUCCGUUGUUCAUAUUUACAGGAUUUAUUUGUGCAGCUAUAGGUCGGGCUGUGAACAUCUAUCCACUGUCAGCAUUGCUGAACAUUGCUAGAAAACCAAAGAUUUCGUGGAACUUUCAGCAUAUGCUUUUCUUUGCAGGUCUCAGAGGAGCAAUGUCGUUUGCUUUGGCGAUUAGAAAUACCGUAUCCGAUGCACGGCAAGCAAUGCUCACCACCACUUCGCUCAUCGUGAUCGCUACCGUCAUCAUCCAGGGAGGUGCUGCGAACUUCCUUCUCAAUUGGUUGAAAAUUCCCGUUGGCGUUGAUGACGAAACGGAGGCCCUGCCGUAUCAAGGAGUGAGAAGCGUGUACAAUUCCAUGGAGAAUACAGCCGGGUCUAUCGACGUCGGCUUGAACCUGAGUCAGCUGCAGGUUAAUAGAAGGAGUAGCUCAUUGGAUCUCGAAAAUCAGGACAGCGAAGGAGCAACGACUCCUGGUGGAACCAGGAGAGGUAACGAGAAAGCUGUUCUAGCCCGUGUUUGGGGCAAUUUCGAUACAAGGUACAUGAAACCAUUGCUGACACACUCGCGUCCAACGCUAUUGGAAACGCUUCCAGUAUGCCUCAGCCCACUGGCAAGGUUGCUGACGACUACUGAGCAACUGACGCAGGAGGGCCCAACGCGACGUGCCGAUUCGGAUUCGGACCUGUGCAUCGACGAUGACGACCGAACUUCUCGGGGUGACAGUAGUAUCCGCCGUAACUCGAUUAAUCGCGCUGUUGCCGAGGAAGCGAAUAGCGCGAUUAACCAGAUUAAUAGUUUAGGCAUUGAGUUUAUUUAAAAAUCUUUCUAAUUUUAUGUAGUUCCAGUUCUUUGAUAUUUUUUCGAGGAUGCAUGGUUUUGUUUGAUUAUUUUAAGUUUUUAUUAAAGAUUUAUGUUGAGUUGGUUUUUCGUUUUUUUUUUCUCUGUAUUUCCCCAUUUCAGCCCAUAUCGAGAAAGCGUUAGAAUAGUAGUGUGUUCCUACUUUUGAUCUUGUUUGCAUCGCAAUGAAGAAGAAAGAGACAACGUGACAUAAACACCUGGGGAUGUGAUGGGGAAUUGAUCAAAUCUAUUCCACAUGCAACCCAGCUAGAAUGGUAUCUACGAUACCUAGUAUUUUGUUAUUUGCCAAAUUUUGUAUAUUUUGUAUGUUCUAAGUUAUUGAAUUAUUUUGGAAUACGCUAGCUUUAUUAUGAACCUAUAAAUUAGCUAUG